AUGGUGGAACACAAUCUACAGGGUCUUGAGUCAGCCUCUGCCUAUUGGGGUGGAGCUGGGGGAGUCAGCUUGGCAGCUGCCCCAGACUUUGCUUGGGUCCUAGUGUCCAGGCCAGUGUGCAGCGAGGUGCUGGCCCCAGGAGCGUCUCCAUGCUUCGUAGAGAGACCUAACUUCUUUGAUUACCCAGACUCAGACCAAGCCAGCCGCCUGGCUGUGGCCCAAUUUAUUGGAGAGAGACCUGUGGAGUUUGUCCGCUCAGGUUCCGGCCCCGGGCUCUUCCAUCACAUCCUGCUGGGCCUCCUGGUGGUGGCCUUCCUCUACGUCCUCUUCCAGUUCUGCACCCACUUGAGGGGGUCGCCCUGCUCCCCAUGUACCAGGUCCCCACCUCCUCCCUCUGAGGCCUCGAAGAACUGGAUGAAGAUGGCCUUGGUGGCGUUCACGCGGAUCGUCUUUAUUAGCAGUCUGUAA